AUGAAGCUAGGCAAAAAAUUGAUAGUCUUUAAGCCAAAGGUAUCCAAAACAUACCUUGCUCAGCCAGAAGUUGAGAUCGAAGCAAGUAAUGAUGAAAACAAGUGAGACCGGAAUUUAAAUAACACCACUACAUCGGGUGAUCGGAAGCGUAGCUCUAAAAUUAUUCGGAUAAAGAAAAAGAAUCAGUUGGUUCUUCGAGAUCCAAAAUUUGAAAAAUAAUUUCUGGUCGAAUGAUAAGUGUCCCGAAAAAGAUAAAAAGAAUCUCAAAGAGUUGUCUAGUUCUGCUUUAGAGAAUCUUCAACAUACAAUAAGUCCCAAAGGCCUUAAAGCUACUUCUAAAAAAUUCAGACCAGGGAGACUUUUAAGAAGAGGUACAAGAAGCUUUCAAUCGAUUCCGAAAAAUAUUCUGAGUCCAACAUUGGAAACGAUUCAGGAAUAUCCACAAGAGAUUUUCUCUGACUCCCAAGGUCACAAAUUCCCAAUUCCUAAAUUCCAAGCUCUGGAGAAAACAGCAAAUAAGAGAUACAGCAACCAAUGUGAUUUACUUCACUCUCCCCAUCUAAAGUUUCAGGAGGAAAAAAAGAUGGAAAUCUUAUCCAAGUACUGAAACACCGAAAGUGAAGGAGAGACUGAUAGCACAAAAGAAAGCGAUUUAAAAUCCUCGUACAUUAGGAAAAAUUCUAUAAAGAGGAAGCCAAAUGCUCCUCCUGCUCCUCGGCCUGUCCCAUCGACGAAAGCAUUAAAAAUGAUUAUGAACAAAACAAUUCGUGAUGUUUCUCGAUAUAAAAAGAAAAUAUUUAACAAAAACAGGACUAUUCCAUGCCGCUCAGCCCAGAGUUUACCAAGAUUACCCAAUCUCAGCUAAAUUAUUUAUUUCUUUAUUAUAUAAUACUUUGCUCAUAUUCC